AUGACCAGGAUUACUCCGUACGAAGGAGAAGAACGAAGAAAUGAAGAGCGCCGGAGAAGCCCUCAACUCUAUCCUCCCCUUGCGAAAUGCUACCUGUCUGAUACAAAACAGACAGCAGACAGACAAGCCCGUAGAUACGAUAGCAAGGCCGCAGAGCAGGCCCGCCAGGCCCCAGACACUGCCAGAGACGCAGAGACGCAGAAACGGCGAGAGACUGCGGAUGCGAGAGAAAAAGCAAAGAAGCGAGACGAGAGGCAGGCCGAGAUGUCCUUCCAGCGUUUUCUGCUUCUUGUUACAGACGAGGAAAGAAAAAAAAAAAAAAAAAACAAACAUCCUGGAGCGUCUGCUGUCUCACUAAGACUAAAAAACCCCCAUCAUCGAUCUGCUGCCUCGGAAAAGGAAGAAGAAGAAGAAGAAGAAGAAAACACACAAAACACAACAGGAACAGCCGCCGCCGCCAGCUUGGAGGACGGAAGGGCGUCCUGCUGCAUCUUCUGCUCGUUGUUAUCUAUCACCUGGGUUUGCCUCCGUCGUCCAGCGAGAGAGCAGCAGCAAGCAGCAGCCGGCACACGGGAAGCGACUCUCAAUUCGGCGGCUGGCGAUGACGAGCGAGCAUCGCUCGCAGUAGAACAGCGCCAGGCUGGCUUAGGGGAAGAGAGACGGCUGCAUUGA